UUCCGACUUACAUAUUGAUACCAAAAGAAACUUAGAGCGUUCCAAUCCCUAAUUCUCAUCAUCGCUGAGUUCCACAUCCUCCCUUUUGAGUCUGUUCAAGUGCCGGAAGUUCCCCGUCAGAUUGUACUGGGUUUUACCAUCAUUAAAAUACUUAUCACUUUCUUCGAAAUGCUGCAGCUGCUCAGUCAAGUGGAGUACCAGGGCUACCGUAGGCAUGUGAUUGUUGGGGUCAGGAGCGAGGAGACCAUUGGGAAGAGUCGAAGCGCGGGGCGCUAAUGUCGGUUUUGGGUUCCUUGAGCAGUGUAUGUCUCAACUCCGCCCUGAGAACUAUUGGCAAUAAAAAUUCUGCAAAAGUACGCCAGCAUUGCAUGCAAUCUGCCUGUUUCUAUCUUCAUCCUUGUCGGUUCGGGAGUUGCCAUUUGCUUGGGAACUUCGUCUCACCCGUCAUCUCUUAUCUCUGUGUUCCUACACACAUUGAAUCGACGCUGGAUAUCCAUAAUAUGCGCAGCCACGUUUUUAUUGCCACUCCAGGUUGAGCGAUCUUGUGCAAUCGGCUCAUCCGAUCUUGGCGACCAAGCCUGCAUUGCACCCUUUGGUGGGACCCAUAUCUGUGUCUGCUACUUGGUUUCUCCCAUUCUUGAGUCCGACACUGUGGGCCCAUGCUCUGUUGCGCGCAUGCCAGU